GAAAUUUCCUGGUUUAGAUGUAGCGAGUGCCUCACACUGUUUAGGAACAACAGAUAAUUCAAAGUGAACAUGACGUGUGGGUAGGGUACUUUUGUUUAUCUUUAGCCACAUCGUUGGACGUGUCGGAGGAGCAUUACUUUGAAUGUUGUAGUUUUUCUUUCCCACCCUUUGGCAUAAAGGGAUUUUUUGUCCAAUGUUUGUACUUGGGCGUGAGCGGGGCGGACCAUCGGGGGAUUUCAUUGCAAUACAUUGGCAGGUGGGAAAGGGCAAGCGUUGGAAUAACCUCUGCGUUGAUGAAACUUGGUUACCAAUUUCGUUCUGGGGAUGCCAUACAUCAUGUUAAGAUAAGGACCAAGAACACUGUGUUAACCAUGCUAAAGCGUUUGGACAAAAUCCGUUUCCGGGGCCAGCGUAGGGACGAGUUCCUGGAUCUGGCCGAGUCGCCCAACACGUCCGACAAUGAAUGUAGCGAUGAGGUGGUGAUGAAGCCUCGGGCCUCCAUUAAGGACACGGAGGAGCUGAGAGACCCUGUGAGUGCAGCCUCACUUUGCAGCCAGCUCCCACAAACCGAACCUCAAUUCCCUCUCCUCAUCACUGCGGAGGUUACUGCAGCUCAGGGCACAGAUGUUGUUCCCUCAAUCACUGUCUCUGAGGCUGGUCCGGGGACUCUUGCGAUGGCCGCCGCCAUCCAGGACUUUCAGAGGACGGAGGCCGACCGUCUCAACGAAGUUAAAGGCCACCUAGAAAUUGCCUUACUAGAAAAGCACUUCUUACAGGAGGAGCUGAGGAAACUCCGAGAAGAGACCAACGUGGACACGCUGAAACAGGAGCUGGAGAGGGAGCGCUCGAAAAGAACCGACUUGGAGCAGAAGAUGAGCGAGGUUCUGAGAACGAGGCCGGAAGAUUCUCCUCCACAGCCUCCCAAAGCAUCUCCUCCGACAGUCAACGGCACAGACAAGCAGAAGGAGACCCUCUACACUCGUCUACAGAAGUGGCUGUACGACAGGUUUGGGGCCUACGUGGAGGACUUCCGCUUCCAGCCGGAAGAGAACACUGUGGAGACGGAGGAGCCACUCAGUGCCAAGAGGUUGACAGAAAACAUGAGACGACUAAAGAGAGGGGCCAAACCUGUCACUAACUUCAUGAGGAACCUUUCUGCCUUAUCCAGCUGGCACUCUGUAUACACAUCAGCCAUAGCCUUCAUUAUCUAUAUGAACGCUGCGUGGCAUGGAUGGGCCAUCCCCAUGUUUCUCUUCCUGGCCAUUCUGAGACUCUCCUUAAAUUACCUAAUCGCAAGAGGAUGGAGGAUUCAGUGGAGUAUUGUUCCUGAGGUUUCAGAACCUGUGGAACCAGCCAAAGAGGAUCUGACUGUUUCAGAGAAAUUCCAGUUAGUUCUCGAUGUAGCACAGAAAGCGCAGAACUUAUUUGGAAAGAUGGCAGAUGUGUUGGAGAAAAUAAAGAACCUGUUCAUGUGGGUGCAGCCUGAGAUCACUCAGAAGCUCUACAUCGCCCUGUGGAUGGCCUUCAUCUGCUCCUGCGUCCUGCCCUACAAACUGGUGGGCUUCAUGAUGGGUCUGUAUGCUGGUAUUAAGUUCUUCAUCAUUGACUUCAUCUUCAAAAGCUGCCCAAAGCUUAGGGACAAGUACGACACACCUCACAUCAUCUGGACCAAUCUGCCCACUGAUCCCCAGCUGAAGGAACGUGGCAGCGCCACCCUCUCCAGACGGAUUCAGCCGACAGUGGCUCGUGGAAGCCUAGCAACAGGCAUGCCAUUGGGUAUCAGUCGUGAGGAAGAUGGUGGGCGGGCCUUCAGCACGAAGAAGGGGGCUUUCCACGAGGUCUUCAACCUGUCCGAGGCAGAGCGCCCCCUAGCUGUGUGUGAAAACGGGUGGCGAUGCUGCUUGAUCAACAGGGACAGGAAGAUGCCCACGGACUACAUCCGCAAUGGUGUGCUCUACGUCACAGAAAAUUACCUGUGCUUUGAGAGCUCCAGCUCCAGGUCUAGCUCCUCCAAAAAGAACAAAGUCAUCAAGCUGGUGGACAUCACUGACAUUCAGAAGUACAAAGUACUGUCUGUGUUACCGGGAUCUGGAAUGGGAAUUUCCAUAGCAACACCAUCCACCCAGAAGCCUUUGGUGUUUGGUGCCAUGAUCCACAGAGAUGAGGCCUUUGAAGCCAUCUUUACACAAUACAUGAAGAUCCUGACCAUGGGCACAGCCACCAGCCCAGAGACUUAGCCUUGCUGCAAGAUAGCCGCCUUGCUACAGUGACUUCUUGAACCGCACCAAUAUGGCUGCCUUUCCAAGUGACUCCCUCUAGUGCCCGUGAUGGCUGCCUUCACUAACGACUCUAGUUCUUAAGAUGGAUGCCUUCAUGGGUUACGUCCUUAGACUCACACGUAGAAGAAGCACACAGUGCAUCAAUAGUAGCUUGCUGCCUAUUGCACAUGUAGGUUAGCGUGGAUGGUGAAUCGUCUUAAGGCCAAGUCAACAUGGAGUCCUUUGGUCCUUUUUCUGAUGAUUCCUCUUCCUUGCUGGGUUUAUAACCAAUGGCAGGUUGGGGAGAAAGGAUUGUGGACCCGCCUAUCUUUACUGCCCCUAUUGGUUUGGUUGAGGUUAAGUGUUUGGGAAUGACUUGGGUACCCAUUUGUCUGUCGUUUACCUAUUUCGUUUGGUAAAAGGUUUUUAGCUCUUCUGUGUGUGCGCGCGUGUGUGUGUGCGUUUGUUUGUCUUGUGGUGUUUUUCUGGAGGGAGGCUGGAUCUCCCUGACUGUUUGUGAGAAGUGGUCGUAUGUAGAGGUGUGCAUCACACACUCCAUAUUUGCGUAUUUGCUUGUUUCUUCUCAGUGUCAGCGUUUUGCCUUCGGUAGGACUUAUCGGCGGUCAAGUAGAUAACGUUGGGGGGCCUCGUCUAACUUUCCCCAAGAAUGAGGGGUCAUGUUUGUGGAAACGUCCAGUUGCUUUGAGGCCCAGCUAAUGAACGGUGCUUAGGAACAUUUUGGAAAACAACCACAGGUAUCAUUGUCCAGGAACAACUGACAAUAGGUAGCCCAAAUUUAAUACUAUUUAGCUAUUUGUCUCAUCCCUUAUAUAGGUGCACAUAUAAUUAUAUAUCCAAUGUGAAAUUGUGACAUUACUCUAAUCAUAUAAUAUUUUUUAAGAUAAAGCAGGGGUUUUUUCUUUCUCAUCCCAGACAUGGAAAGAAAGACUUGAAGCCAAAUGUGGUUUUAUUUUAUUAAAUAAAAUGUGGAGGUAAAGUUAAACUGGAGGUUUCUUCUAAACAUACAGUAUGUCAGUUUAGAACAGUCUGGUAUCUUGGUCUGAAAUUUAAAAUGAAAUGUGACGUUUCAUGUUGGUCUCUAAAAAGUUUGUGGGUGUCAUAAAGUAUAGGUACAGAGGAUUUGAUAUGGCAAAAUGUAUUUCUCUACACUUAACAAUUAACAUGUACUUUGAAUUUCACCUCCAUGCAAAGUAUGCCACAAUUGACAUCAGUGGUGUCUGAGGAAUGUUAUGUCCAUGCAGAAUCACUACAUAAACAUGUCAAUGUCCACAUAGAACUCUCAUAAGGCCUUACAGCGUGUUUGUUAUGCAGUACUCUCAUUGUUUUAUAUGUCAUAUAACAUAGUCCUGUUGUUUUACAUUUUAGCUGUUUUCUAUGUUGAAGUUAUUGACAGUUUAUUUAGUGUAUCUGUAUGACUAAUGCUUCAUGAGACAAUGUUUAUGUAAACCAGUAUCCCACAAUUCGUAUUAUCCUUUGGUUUUGUCACUAAAUGGAAGCACAUAUGUAUAAAACCUCAAUACUGUAGCUGAAAUAUGCUUACAUAUUAAACUUAAAAGCUAGCUGAAGUUAAACUUACAAGCUAACUGGGCAUCAGUGUUUGUUGUCUAGAUUUAGUUAUAUAAAAUUACCAACUAACAUUCAGUCUAUUUAUCUCAAUCUCUUGGAGGAAGAUUCGAUAGAACAGAAUGCACAGAAUGUACUGAUUAUGUGAUAGUCUUGAAUUGCCAAAAUGUCAUGAUUUUGUUUUAUUUGAUUGUCAAUUUUUGUUUACCUAAAACUGUUAAGUUUACAGGAGUUAAGGUUUAAAUCCACUUGUUAAGGCCAGUUUGAUUCUCCAUUUAGUUAUGGAGGCAUGACUGCUGGAUCCUGUAUUACUGGAGAACUUCUUGAUGUUGAUAGCCCUGACUGGUCACAUGACAUCUCUGCACACAUUUACACCAUCAAGGCAAGUUUUGUAAAGUAUCGUUUUUCCUCUUUUUGUUCUCCUUAGGUUCAAUGUCAUUCUUUCCUUUUCAUAAUUUUGUAAAUCAUUGAUCAGUAAUACUCCACUGUAUGUAGUUUUAUGUUUUUAAGUGUCCAUUCUUUUGGCAGCAGCAAAGUACUUUUUUGUUCUCUGAUUUGGCCACUUAAAAGCUUAUUAUGGGUUUAAUGUGCAUAAGAAUCAGGAAAGUUGAUUAAUCAUAAAUAGUAUUUUAAAUUCAAAACAUUUCUUUUUAUAAUGUUUCAUUACUGCUGUUCAAAAGAAGGAACGAAAGCCAUAGGGAUGUAAAGAUCUCUCCUCUGUGUGACAAGCCUUCAUGUACACCAUGAACCCUAUAGGAAAAGUCCUUAUUUCAAUUUUGCAUGUUAAUAUUCAGAGAUUGUAUGAAUCACCCAGAGGCUUUGUUCUCUAAAAACUGCUGUAAAUCAACAUGUGGCCUAUAUGUGUUAUUUUAACCUGUUAACCAAGUAUUUUUUUCAAACACGGAGCACCAAUGUGUUCCCUCGUGUUUUCCUAACGCUGAAAUCAGUAUGUGACGGCUGUGUGUAUGGUCUGAGUCACCCAUUAGUUGUCAGUACAUCUUUGUAAUCCACAGUCGAGUGACAAAGAAGGAUUUUAUAAUAAAUUAUGUCAUGUACAAAUUCCUGUAAAGUUUUUAAAGAGAAUGAUGUCUAUUAUAAGAUGUGAUGUACAAUUUUUUUAUUUAAGUAAACAAAUUUAAAGUAAUGUCA